AUGUCUGACAACCCAACGAUUCUCCGACCCCGUCCACGACGGGUGUUUGACCUCACUCCAGCCUCGACCGAAUCGUCCGAACCCUCGAGCCCUGCGGAACCCGCCAACCCAGACCUUUUGAACCCUAGGGAUGCCGGGUCUACCAGUGUCAGUCGGACUGGUUCGAUCAUGAAUUUGACGACCCCAACACUCUAUGGGAUCUAUUCACCGACGGCAUUCGAGGGUUCCCGGGACGAAUCCAGUCCUUGGGGAACGGAAGCUCAAACGCCAGCCGUCGAAAAGCCAAACCCCCUCACAGUACCGGAAAAGUCAGAUCGGUUUACCUUGAAGAGGACACGGUCACGGCUCAGUCACGGGCUAUUCCUUGGUGUGAUACUGCCCCAGGCACUCAAGGCCGCUCUCUUGUUCAGCUUUGGCAUUGUCUAUGGGAUCAUUACGAUUCAUUUACAUGAGAAUCAUUGGAUUACACCGGUGAAGCUGGAAAACACCCACUACUACGGGUCAUGGGAAUACCUGGGAUUCUGGGGUGUGGCCGGAGUCGUUUUGGGGAAUGUGCUUCCGGGCCUGGAUCUUUUCUCGGAAGAUGUUACGGUUGACAACUCCAAGCAGUCGAGUCGGUCGAGCAGCGACGAAGAGAAUGAGGAGCGUACUCUCUCGUGGGUUGCAGCGGUCCGAAGCGUUGGUGCCUUUGUUGGGGUAGCAUUUGCUAUGCGGAGGACCCCUUGGCAAUCGACUACUCAAGCAUCGGCGACGCUCGCUCUCGCAAACCCCGUGCUGUGGUAUCUCAUCGAUCGCACCAAGACAGGCUUCUUCAUGUCUUCCAUCGUGGGAAUAGGGGGAAUGGGAAUCGUAUUGGCACUCAGACCGGAUUUAGUACCGUCUUCUACAGGGGCAUCCGCCACUGCGAUUCCCGCUCUGAACAGCACUUUACGGGAUCUCGGAUUGGGAGCGGGUCUCACGCAAGAAAGCCUUGCCGUCAGGACUUGGGUUGCCAGUGUUUUGUUCAGUGCGUGCGUUUGCUUCGGGAACAUUGGUCGCCAACUAGCGAUUUUUGCGCGCAGGGAAUCCCUCCAAGCAUAAGUCACAUAUGGCAGCAGCAUUGAACUUUUAAUCCUCUUUAUUUCCCAAUCCCACUCAUUUGAGCGUCUUUGCAGGUUUCCCUCCUUGUGCCCUCUUCGUUUUAAGGCUUGCAUUUAUUUGUCAUAUUACUCAGACUUGGUAGUAAACGGUGCUUGAAUAGAGCCUCAGCCAGUGUGUUCAUUGACAGAACAUCACGGCUUUUUUAGACUAUUACAAUGUUGGCACGCCCAUUCGUAGAGCUUCUCAACUACACCGUAAGCUUACUACCAGUACUACAAUGACCAUAGCAUAUCGACUCCCGCGCAAGGCUAGAUAAGAAUCAAAGAUAGAAUGAAAGAAGGCGUGUAGAAUCAAUCAUUGCAAUCCCUUCCACUGAACUCGAAGAGUUCUAGAAGACACUGCACCCAAGAUCGACACCCUGCGGUUUGCAGUUCGUCUCCAUUCUUUAUGACGAUUUCCGUACUUCAUAGGCAUCACCCCAAUAGGGGAUAUCCUCGUAGGAACGCUUUUUG